UGAUGUUCAUUUUGUCAUUGCUCAUCUGUUUCUUUCUAGUUUAGGAUAAAUCCAUCCAGAUAUGAUAAACUUUGGAUUUUUGCUUCUCUUUCUAAUCGGCCUUACUGAAUCACACAUGAAUAAACCACCUGUGUUUGCCAAACUGGGGGAAAUCGUUAAUAUGUCUUGCUUUUACCAAAGCCUAAUGGCCAUGCACUUCUCAUGGUACAAGCAUAAACUUGGAGAGAAUCCCAGGCUCAUCUCCACCAUUUACAAGUAUGACAACAAAGCCCGGUUUUACCAUGAUUUCCAGAAUAGUUCACGCUUCUCUGUGCUGAAUGACAAGGGUUUGCAUCAUUUGGUGAUAAAAAACAUACAGCUCUCUGACUCUGCUACAUACUAUUGUGGAAGUGCUUAUUCCAAUGUAAUGGAAUUUGUCGGAGGAACAGAAUUGAUAGUUGAAGGGUUGAAAAGCCACACUGUUAUAAAACAACCUGCUUUAAUUCCAUCACAUCAUGGAGAUUCAGUGAGUCUUAACUGCACGGUUCUAAAUAAGAAAUGUGUGGGGAACAACAGUGUGUACUGGAUCAUUCAGGAAUCAGAAGAAUCUCACCAAACAUUCGUUGCCGCACAUGGAACAAGUAUUGGUCAUUGUGAGUUGAGCUCCAAAGCUGAUUUUAGAGCCCAUAGAUGCAUUUACAGCUUCUCUAGGAAAGACCUCAAACUUUUUGAUUCUGGGACUUACAACUGCACUGUUGCUGCAUGUGGGGAGAUGCUGUUUUGGAAUGACGCCAAACUGGACAUUAUAGGUGCUGAUUUAGCAGAACAGAUGGUGACUUUUGUAAUUCUUUCCAUUGUUAGAACAUUCCUUCUUUUAAUUACUGUUGCCACAAUUACUUUUUGGUACUGCAUCAAUUCAAAAAGAAAUUCAAAAGAUGGCUGUUCUCCAUCUGCCAUUGCUUUCUAAGAUACACAGUCCAACCUGAAGGAAGACCAGGUCUGUUGAGGAAAUCAGCUUCUGAUCAUCCAUAAUAUGUAGCAAAGCAUGAUAAAAAAGACAUAAUUUGAACUUAUUAACUUUUGUGUCAUGUAACGUAAUGUUUUAUUUUGAAAUGAUAAUAUAACAUAAUAUGUAGCAAAGCAUGAUUAAAAAAAAAGACAUCAUUUGAACUUAUUAACUUUUGUGUCAUGUAACGUAAUGUUUUAUUUUGAAAUGAUAAUAUAACA